AUGAGGAAUGCUUCGCCGCUUCUCCUCAUCUUUUGGAUUCAGUUGCUGCAACAGUUCUGCUCCACGACCCAUGGCGGAGCCAUUGGCGAGCGGUGUGCUCAAAACUCCGAAUGCCGAAACCCCGAGCUGGUGCAGUGCAAGGACGGCGUUUGUACCUGCAAGUUCGGUCAGGCUCCUUUAGCUCCCACACAGUGCAAGGAAGUGACGCAGAAGCCCGACCCGGAGACCAGGGAGUGCUACACGGACCACCAGUGCUACCGGGGCUACUGCUGGGACGGGACGUGCCACUGCAAGGAUGGCUUCUCCAAGGAGCGCAAUUCCUACGGAGGCUGGAGCUGCGUCCACAGAACCUCAUCGUUUGGAUUCGGAAUCCUGGCUGUGAUCCCCGUGACUGUGGUCGUCAUAUGCCUAGUUGCCUGUUGUGUACAAGUGGCGCUGCGGAAGCAACAGCAAGUGCCCGCGUCCAACGCCGCCCCUGCCGGACAGCCGCAGCAGCAACAGCAGGACGAUCUUUCGCGCGUCAACAGCAACGCCACGAUCUCGGGCGUGAGCAAUAUCUACAGGCAGAGGAGAUACUUCCCCCAUUACGUGGAGAGUUCCACAAAGCCGCAUGGAACCCAGCAGGGUAUGGCGUCCUCCCCCUGCGUGUCCCGUCCCAUAGAAAUGAAGCCUGUCGAAGCCAAGGAAACAGUGCCAGAUUACGACAACACCGGAGAUCCCAACUCUUCCGUCAAAGCUUGA